AUGGAGCUAGCCGAUCCGGAAUUCUUCGUCUCUGGUCCGAUCGAUUUGGUGCUUGGGUCUCAAUUCUUCUACGAUUUUCAUCUACUCGAUGGUGGCCGGAUACAAAUUUGCAAACUCCUAUCUCCUUUGCCGAUAUUCGUCAACACGGUAUUUGGUUGGGUAGCUGCGGGCGAGUCGGAGUGGUCUACAAGAAAAGCUACCGUUAGUUGUCACGUAGCGAUCGCCGAGCCGCUUGAUAAGAUCAUCGAGAAAUUCUGGGCAAUUGAGGAGUUGUCAGAGAAGCCGCUUCGAUCACAGGAAGAGAAGGACUGCGAACAACACUUUCAAAGCACGUUCACCCGUGACGAAUCGGGACGCUAUAUAGUGCAGUACCCAAAACGGAAUGGGUUCCACGACAAAAUCGGCGAUUCGAAGGGUGCGGCCUUACGACGAUUUCGGCAGCUAGAAAAGCGUUUGGAAAGGGAUUCAGACUUACGUGAUCAUUACAACGAAUUCCUACAAGAAUACCUUGCAAUGGGGCAUAUGCAACUGAUCGGAGAAAUGGAGGAUACACUGGAUGAAGGGCGCACUACUUACUAUUUGCCCCAUCAUCCUGUGUUUAAAGAGUCUAGCUCAACGACCAAGGUACGGGUAGUGUUCGAUGGAUCAGCGAAAACCACCACAAAUCACUCGCUCAACGACACUCUACUUACGGGUCCAGUAAUUCAGGACGAUCUGCUGGACAUCAUGAUCCGUUUUCGCAAGCACGCCGUCGCGUUAGUUGCAGAUGUGGCCAAAAUGUAUAGGCAGGUACGCAUUCACCCGGAGGACGCGUCGCUUCAACGGAUCCUGUGGCGCUUCGAUCAGGCUGAACCGAUCAAGGUGUACGAGCUACAGACGGCCACUUACGGUUUAGCGCCUUCAUCUUUCCUUGCCACUCGCGUACUAAAACAGCUUGCCAUAGACGCCGGUGACAAAUACGAGUACGCUGGUCCUGCUGUAAAGAAAGAUUUUUAUAUGGACGAUUUUCUUUCCGGAGCGGAAUCGAUUUCGAAGGCGAAACGUUUGCGAAGCGAAGUUCAAUCCCUUAUGACUGAAGGCGGAUUCGACUUGCGGAAGUGGAGCUCUAAUCAACCGGAGGUUUUAGCCGACUUACCUUCCACAGCUCUAGAGGAGCAAUCCACGCUACAUUUCGAUGCAGAAACAAAGGUGAAGACGCUUGGAGUAGUGUGGGAGACAGGAACGGACCAACUGUGUGUUGAGAUACGAGCAACGGAAUAUGACGAUCAAUGGACAAAAAGGAAGAUAUUUUCGGAGAUUGCGCAAUUAUACGACCCGCUUGGUAUCGUGUCACCUGUGAUUGCUUGGGCAAAAAUUCGGAUGCAACACCUUUGGUUAGUUAACAUCGACUGGGAUGAUCCGAUUCCACGCGAGAUCGAAUCUAAAUGGAAUGAUUUCCAUUCACAGCUGCCCCUACUAAAGCAAUACAAAGUUCCCCGUUAUAUAUUUUCAUCGGAAGCUACAACGGUUCAGUUCCAUGUUUUCUGCGACGCAUCUGAAGUAGGCUACGGAGCAUGUAUUUACGCUCGCUCAGCCAGCAAGGAAGGUAAAGCUCAAAUCCAGCUCAUUGCGGCAAAAUCAAGAGUCGCGCCAAUCAAACGUCUUAGUUUACCGCGCCUUGAGCUGUGUGCUGCAUUAUUGGGUGCCAAACUCUAUACUAGAGUAUCCGCAGCGCUGGGGAUGGAGGGAAAUCCUUGCUGGUUCUGGUCGGACUCGACGGUCACGUUGCACUGGAUCGCAGCACCCCCAAACACUUGGCAAACGUUUGUGGGCAAUCGCACAUCGGAAAUCCAGCUGCUGACACACGGACACCCUUGGAAUCACGUGAAGGGUACGGAUAAUCCGGCGGAUCACGUUUCGCGUGGUAUGCUGCCGGCAGAUUUCAUCGUCGACAUUCUUUGGAGGAAUGGUCCCGGAUGGCUGGCAGACGAAGUGGAUAAAUGGCCAAAGCAUGUACACCCGCUUCUUCCAAACGAGGACAUCCUGGAACGAAAGAAAACGGUUUUAGUGGUUCAGUCAACGUCGCAGGAAAACCCGUUAUUUGAGCGCUAUUCUUCAUUCGGGCGUCUAGUUCGAAUCACUGCUUACCUUCGUCGAUUCAUUACACGCUGCCGCUCUAAACAUCAUGCAUAUGAAGCAUUCCUUUCGACGGUGGAGCUGCAAGAAGCAAAGCAAACCUUAGUAAAGGUGGUUCAACAAGAAGUGUUCCCAGAAGAAUUGAUUCAGUUGAAGCAAAAACGUCCGAUUCCCUCAAAAUCACCCCUGAAAAAUCGAUAUCCUUUCCUAGACGAGAAUGGCAUAAUACGUGUCGGUGGCCGGCUGAAUUUCUCCAACGAAACCUACCAAACCAAGCACCCUAUGGCUCUUCCCAACAAGCACCUCCUUUCUCGUAUAAUUGCAGCGCAUUUCCACUCGCAAUGUUUUCAUUCUGGCCCCCGAAUGACCCUGGCAACAAUGCGUCGAGAAUUCUGGCCGGUUCGCGGAAAAACUCUUGCCAAUUAUCCCAACCUCAAGGACAGCUUCCCAAGGCACGCAUUGUCCCUAGUCGACCAUUCUCAAUCACCGGUGUCGACUACUGUGGCCCUAUAUACUUAA